AUGUCCGAAGAUAGUUUUGAAAGUGUCCCAGAUGAUUUUGCCGAAUUCGAUGCCACUCUCAACCUUACAAACCCUGUAGAGAACUAUGAAAAAUUAAUGCAAGAGAAAAUGAUGACCGAACUCUAUGUUCCGGAUGCUAUGAAAGAGGAAAUAUGGUUCAAAAUCGAUGCUGCAGCUCGGGAGGCUGUGUGGAAAUUAUUAUUCGAAGACGAGGAGGAUAGCAAUGAACAUGAAAUCCGUGAAAAGGAAAACUUCGCUGCCGAAUUAUUGGAAAAACACAAAAGGAAUGCUGCCUAUUAUUCACCCAGCGAAUAUAAUGAAUGGGUGGUGAAAUUGCGGGAUGAACUAUUGCAACGUGAAAAAUUGGAAUUUUGGAAAACAAUUGUUGUGGCCAAGGAGUUGGGUCCCGCCUGGGCCAAAGAUUCAGAUUUAUAUGAUGAUUUAGAAGAUCCCGAACCGGCUGCUUAUUAUAAUUAUGCGGGUUGCCGGGCUGCGUGGUUGGAGGAGAAUGGACAGUAA